AUGUCGUUGGCUAGGAUAGGAUCAUGUGGCACCUCACCUGGUCACACUAUUCGGAUAGGAUCAUGUGGCACCUCACCUGGUCACACUAUUCGGAUAGGAUCAUGUGGCACCUCACCUGGUCACACUAUUCGGAUAGGAUCAUGUGGCACCUCACCUGGUCACACUAUUCGGAUAGGAUCAUGUGGCACCUCACCUGGUCACACUAUUCGGAUAGGAUCAUGUGGCACCUCACCUGGUCACACUAUUCGGAUAGGAUCAUGUGGCACCUCACCUGGUCACACUAUUCGGAUAGGAUCAUGUGGCACCUCACCUGGUCACACUAUUCGGAUAGGAUCAUGUGGCACCUCACCUGGUCACACUAUUCGGAUAGGAUCAUGUGGCACCUCACCUGGUCACACUAUUCGGAUAGGAUCAUGUGGCACCUCACCUGGUCACACUAUUCGGAUAGGAUCAUGUGGCACCUCACCUGGUCACACUAUUCGGAUAGGAUCAUGUGGCACCUCACCUGGUCACACUAUUCGGAUAGGAUCAUGUGGCACCUCACCUGGUCACACUAUUCGGAUAGGAUCAUGUGGCACCUCACCUGGUCACACUAUUCGGAUAGGAUCAUGUGGCACCUCACCUGGUCACACUAUUCGGAUAGGAUCAUGUGGCACCUCACCUGGUCACACUAUUCGGAUAGGAUCAUGUGGCACCUCACCUGGUCACACUAUUCGGAUAGGAUCAUGUGGCACCUCACCUGGUCACACUAUUCGGAUAGGAUCAUGUGGCACCUCACCUGGUCACACUAUUCGGAUAGGAUCAUGUGGCACCUCACCUGGUCACACUAUUCGGAUAGGAUCAUGUGGCACCUCACCUGGUCACACUAUUCGGAUAGGAUCAUGUGGCACCUCACCUGGUCACACUAUUCGGAUAGGAUCAUGUGGCACCUCACCUGGUCACACUAUUCGGAUAGGAUCAUGUGGCACCUCACCUGGUCACACUAUUCGGAUAGGAUCAUGUGGCACCUCACCUGGUCACACUAUUCGGAUAGGAUCAUGUGGCACCUCACCUGGUCACACUAUUCAUGCAACGGUUUUACAAAAGCUGUGA